AGAGAUGAGAAAUGGUGAUGUCAGCUGGUUCACUGUCCAAACAACAGGGUAUAAUGCAACUUCACUGAUGUAAAACAGAUAUAUCUUAGAAGCUUUAGUGUGCAUGUCAACAAAAUGGAUGUAGUGAAAAUAAAAGAAGUCGCUGAAAGAACAAAGGAAAUGGCAUUAUUAAGUGGUUUACAAAUGAGACCAGCUGAAUCUCCAUCUUCAUCAGAUCUGAUACAUCAUGGACCAUUUACUUUAUUCCCGAGUAAAAUUCCUAGUAAAAUAUUAUUCCAAGCCAAAGAAGCACAGAAAGAUUUUAACUUAAUGAUGCACAGAGUAGCACAUGAUCAUGAUUUUCUUUAUCAGAGUUUAAAAAAUGUGAUUAAGGUGGAUGAGUUUACCAAACAUUUAUGGGAUAUUUAUGAAACAGUUAGAAAGGAAGGGCCUGCACAGACAAAAUGCCUAGGAUUAUUUAGAAAUGAUUACAUGAUGGAUACAGGAGGUACAACCAAUACAAAUAUAGACAAGCUGAAACUAAAACAGAUAGAAUUUAAUACAAUUGCUUCCAGUUUUGGUGGAUUGGUGUCUCAGCUUAGAGAUGUACAUAGAUAUUCAUUAUCAGAGGCUGAUAUUGAGUUUAAAGAUGAAAAUAUGCCUAGUAAUAAUCCAGCCAAUGGUUUAGCAGGAGGUUUGGUAAAAGGUUGGGAAUCCUAUGGUAAACAAAGCGCAUAUGUUUUGUUUAUAGUGGAUAAAGUAGAGAGAAACAGAAUGGACCAACUAUGGUUAGAAAAGGAGGCAUUUAAUAUAAAUAGACAUUGUAAAGUUAUUUAUAGUACAUUUCAAGACAUAGGAACUAACAGUGUGUUGAAUGAUUCAAAGGAAUUAUUUAUAGAUGGAAAAGAGAUAGCUGUUGUGUACUUCAGAUCGGGAUAUUCUCCUGAUCAAUAUAAAUCUCAACAGGAUUGGGAUACAAGAUUAAAAAUAGAAAGGUCAAAGGCCAUUAAGUGCCCCACAGUACAUUACCAGUUAGCAGGAACAAAGAAGAUACAACAGGAGUUAGCUAGACCAGGAGCUGUAGAAAGGUUUCUAUCUGAUCCUGUAGCAAUAGACAGGGUCAGACAGACAUUUAUUGGACAGUAUAGUUUAGAUAAGGGAUCAGAGGGUGAUGAAGUAAUAGAAAGAGCUAUAAAAGAACCAAGAAAGUUUGUAGUAAAGCCUCAGAGAGAAGGUGGUGGAAAUAAUUUAUACGAUGAACAAAUUCCAGACUUUUUAAAAGAAAAUAAAGACUCUGAUGAAAGAUCUGCAUAUAUUAUUAUGGAAAGAAUUUUCCCAUUCGUUCAGAAGAAUUAUUUAAUUAAGAAGGGAGAGGAAUUAUUAUUGAGAAAUGUGGUCAAUGAAAUAGGAAUUUAUGGAGUUUUAAUAGGAUCAGAGACAGAUAUUUUAGAGAAUAAAGAAAUAGGACAUUUAGUGAGAACUAAAAGUGAGGAUUCUAAUGAGGGAGGGGUUGUUGUUGGAUUUUCUGUAAUAGAUUCACCAUAUCUUAUAUCUGAUAUCAACGAGGGAUGGACAUUAUAAUUUCUUUUGAUCAUCACUUGACCACUGAAUGUAUUAUUGUAUACUGUUGUACAUCCUAUUUUCUGUUAAAGUCAUUUUUUUACAAUUUAAGUCUUUCUUUGUCAUACCAGGAUGCCACUUUGAUUUAUGAAAAGGUGCAUUUUUCAUAAAUGACAUAUAGUCACUUUUUUCUCAUCACUUGGCGUCCGUCGUCUGUCGUCUUCCGUUAACUUUUACAAAAAUCUUCUCCUCUGAAACUACUGGGCAAAAUUUAACCAAACUUGGCCACAAUCAUCAUUAGGGUAUCUUGUUUAAAAAAUGUGUCUGAUGACCCUGCCUGCCAACCAACAUGGCCGACAUGGCUAAAAAUAGAUCAAAGGGGUAAAAUGCAGUUUUUGGCUUAUAUCUUUGAAACUAAAGCAUUUAGAGCAAACCUGACAUGGGGUAAAAUGCUCAUAAGGUGGAGAUUUGUCUGCCCUGAAAUUUUCUGACGAAUCAGACAACCCGUUGUUGGGUUGCUCCCCUAAAUUGGUAAUUUUAAGGAAAUUUUGCAGUUUUUGGUUAUUAUCUUGAAUAUUAUUAUAGAUAGAAAUAAACUAUAAACAGCAAUAAUGUUCAGCAAAGUAAGAUCUACAAAUAAGUCAACAUGACCAAAAUUGUCAAUUAACCCCUUAAGGAAUUAUUGCCCUUUAUAGUCAAUUUUUAACAAUUUUUCGUAAAUUUUUGUAAUCUUCUACAAAAAUCUUCUCUGAAACUACUGAGACAAAUUUUAUCAAACUGAGCCAUAAUCAUCAUUAGGGUAUCUAGUUUUAAAAAUGUGUCUGAUGACCCCAGCCUGCCAACCAACAUGGCGGACAUGGCUAAAAAUAGAACAUAGGGGUAAAAUGCAGUUUUUGGCUUAUAUCUCUGAAACUGAAGCAUUUCGAGCAAAUCUGACUGGGUAAAAAUGUUCAUCAGGUUUAGAUCUAUCUGCCCUGAAAUUUUCAGACAAAAAGACAACCCGUUGUUGGGUUGCUGCACCUGAAUUGGUAAUUUUAAGGAAAUUUAGAAAUAAACUGUAAACAACAAUAAUGUUCAGCAAAGUAAGAUCUACAAAUAAGUCAACAUGACCAAAAUUGUCAAUUGACCCCUUAUAGAGUUAUUGCCCUUUAUAGUCAAUUUUUAACAAUUUUUCGUAAAUUUUUGUAAUAUUUUACAAAAAUCUCCUCUGAAACUACUGAGACAAAUUUUACCAGACUUGGCCAUAAUCAUCAUUAGGGUAUCUUAUUUAAAAAAUUUGACCAAUGACCCGCCUGCCAACCAACAUGGCGGACAUGGCUAAAAAUAGAACAUAGGGGGUAAAAUGCAGUUUUUGGCUUAUAUCUCUGAAACUAAACUGACAUUGGAGUAAAAAUGUUCAUCAGGUUUAAAUUUAUCUGCCCUGAAAUUUUUUGACAAAUUAGACAACCCGUUGUUGGGUUGCUGCCCCUGAAUUGGUAAUUUUAAGGAAAUUUUGCAGUUUUUGGUUAUUAUCUUAAAUAUUAUUAUAGACAGAGAUAAAUUGUAAACAGCAAUAAUGUUCAGCAAAGUACAAUCAACAAAUAAGUCUAUAUGACCAAAAUUGUCAAUUGACCCCUUAAGGAGUUAUUGCCCUUUAUAGUCAAUUUUUCAUAAAUUUUUGUUAUAUUUUACAAAAAUCUUCUCCACCUAAUCUACUGAGCCAAAUAGAAUUAAACUUAGCCACAAUUUUCAAUAGGGUAUCUUGAUUGAAAAAUGUAUCCAAUGACCCUGUCAUCCAACCAACAUGGCCGCCAUGGCUAAAAAUAGAACAUAGUUUACAAUAGUAGUCUAAGGGAAAAUUGUAAAAAAAACAAUUUCAAAUGGUCACAACUUGAAAACUAAUUUAAAUAAUGAUAAGGGUCUUCAGUAACUAUUUUAAGAGUAAAAUAGGAUGACCUGUUUUAAAUUUAACUACUGGGCCAAAUCAAACCAAACUUGGCCUCAAUCAUUAUUAUGGUAUCUAAUACUAUUUAUUAUGAUUUUAACCUUAUUUUACAUGAUUUCCAAAAACACAGUAGAUACAGGUGAGCGACACAGGCUCUUGAGAGCCUCUAGUUCAUAAUAUAAGGAAUAAACCUUAUAAUGUAUAUUUUUUUUUUAAUUCAACACUUUCCCCAUAUAUAAAUUUGAUUCCUUAAUUUUCAAGCAUUGUUUGAGCCCAAGAAAACAUUAGUAUUCUAUAACUAUUCAGAGGCGAGUGUAUCAUAUGCUCUUAUAGCAGCUUUUUACUUAUAUUUAGAAUACAAAGAACCAAUGUAUAAUGCGUAUUAAACAGAUUCUUAUAUAUAAUAGUACAAAUAGAUGAAGGUGAAAUUUCACUUAUAGGAAAUUGUAAGCAUAAUGCUACCAAUCGUUUUUAUACGCCCGUUUACGGGACAUAAUAUGGUAUACCUCUGUCCGUCCGUCUGUCCGUCGUCAACAUGUCGGACAUUAACUCAAAAAUGCUUUAACCAAUUUGCUUAAAACUUUGGUGAAUUGUUUAUAUCUAUUGACGUGAGCUCCCUUUCGUUUUUUAUAAAAUUUAGAUUUUAUGUUUCCGAGUUAUGGGGUUUUAUUCAUUAAAAAAAGGGGGAUUUUCCAGUUUUCGGACAAUAAGUCAAGAAUGCUUUCACCAACUUGCAAGAAAUUGUGGUGAAUUGUUUAUAUCUAUUGACAUGAGCUCCCUUUCAAUUUUUAUAAAUUUUAAAUUUUACGUUUCCGAGUUACAGAGUUUUAUUCAUAACAAAGGGGGGAUUUUCCAGUUUUCGGACAAAAAAUCAAAAAUGCUUUCAGCAAUUCUUAUGAAACUUUGGUGAAUUGUUUGUAUGUAUUGAUGUAAGCUCCCUUUAGAAUUUUAUAAAUUUUGCAUUCUACAUUUCUGAGUUAUGGGGUUUUAUUCAUUUAAAAAAGGGGUGAUUUUCCAGUUUUCGGACAAUAACUCAAAAACGCUGUCACCAAUUCUCAUGAAACUUUGGUGAAUUGUUUAUAUCUAUUGAUGUAAGCUCCCUUUUUAUUUUCAUAAAUUUCUGAUAUGACAUUGAGAAUUAAUUGAACUUUAUUUGUUUAUAGUCUGACAACAGAUUUACUAAGUAUUGCACAACAGCAAGAAAUCUUUCAUUGAAUAUAAAUUCAAUUCAUAUAACCAAUUUCAAGAUAUUUGACUUCAUUUAUUCAGAAACCUAUAAUAUGUUAAAUAUUUAAUUACAAUCCAAAUUCAGACCUGAAUCAAGCUUGAAUAUUGUGUCCAUUUUUGCCCCAACUGUUCAGGGUUGGACCUCUGCGGGCGUAUCUAGCUGCGCUCAGCGAAGCAGUUUAUUAAGAUUUAUCUCAAAUUUUGCUUGCUUUUAAUGGGUGCUAUAACAUUAAUAAAUGUGACAUGGCGGGCAUGCAGAUUUACCCUUUUAUAUCUGUUUUCAUUUACAUACAUAAUUUUAUGCCUGUAUUUUGUAACGUCUUUUUCUUUUAUAUCCUUUACUGAGAAAUCCAUGGUUGUAUAUAAUGGAAUUUAAUAAUACAUUAUUUUUUUAUACAGUUCAAUAAUUUUUUAUAACAAUAUGGUUGAUCUGACCUACAUUUCACACUAGAAUGACUUCAGUUGUGAUUUCAAGCCAAUAUUUUGUAGUGUUAAAAUGAUAUUACAUGACUACAGCACUCUUAGACUCAUGAUUGUACAUCACAAUGAUCAAUGAUCAGUAACAGUUUUGAUUAAAGGAAACUAUUGUGAAAAAAAAAACCUUCAAGAUUUACACCAAAAUAGCUUUCAAUUGUAUUUUAUAUACAAAAUGUACUACCGGUAUAUUCUUGAAAAAAAAUCGUCAACAAAUCUUUUGGUGAAAACUGUAUAUACUGCCUUUAGACUGCAGAAAGUGUAAAAAAAAAUACAGAGAUCAAACAGGAAAUAGCUUGAAGGAAGGAUUCAGGUGACACUUCAAAGAUAUUAAUACCAAAAAUCAAACCAAAUCUCACAAUAACCACCCACAAAACAUUAUUGUCAGACUUAGACCUGAAGAAGCAUUGAUACGUAGAUUUGGCAGUACUGUCAUGAAAUAGAAGUUCCUUCAUAAUAAAAGUUCCAAAUAUUUUUUCCACGGAAACAAAUAUUACAGAAUUGUUCCUUACCUAAUAAAGGGUAUAGAAUAUUUGUU